CGGAAGCGGUAGAGAAAUAAAUUGUUCUGCUGUAAAAAUAAGUUCUGCAAGAUAACUCCGAGAACGUACACUAAUUAAUUUCGAUGUGUACUGGUGUUUUUGCAAAGAAAUUAUUUUUGUAAAUAUGUAUGCUUCUGGAUCCGAGAGCUUGAUUAAACAGGCGAGAGAGAUACAGCAGGAAGAGCUGCGGUCCUUUUACUCCAAGAUAUGUAAACUGCUUCAGCCUCAGGGCAGAGAGGGCGGCGACACCCUGGACUGUCUGCAGAGACUGCGUCUCAUCGUGUCCGCUCACAAGUAUGGCAGGACGCUCCCUGUGGAUCUUCUCAAGAGGUUGCAAGACCUGCUCUGCUGCCCCAGCUCACCAGAGCAGCUCCAGGUUCUGUCUUCCUCCAUCCUGAGGGAGAGCAUUGCUGUCUGUGAGGACAGGCUGGCUCUGAGGGACCACCAGGAUGGGAGGACAGUCAGCUACGUGGCCGUGGUGAUUCUUGCACAGGCUGCAUGUAAGAGUGAGCUGACCGGCCUGUGUCACCAUCUGCUAAAGAGCCUGGAGUGCUGGCAGCCCGACGUCCAGGUGUCUCGACAUGUUCUUCCCAUCCUCUCCAGGGUGAUUGCAUGUUCCCCUCAUAGUCUGUCGGAGGACCAUGUGAAUCUGGUGAGCAGGAAGCUUGUGGAUUGGCUGCGCUAUGCCAGUGUCCAGCAGGGGAUUGCCGCCUCCUCCGGAGGAUUCUUCACAGGUCCCAGAACCCGCCAGCCUGUCCCUGUGACUGAGGUGGACGGGACAGUGGUGGGAGACUUCUUCACUGUGCUCUGUGUGGGUCAGGGCUUCACUGAAGAUCAGUGGAUGAACAUGUAUGCGUUCUCCAUGAUCAGGAAAUGGCUCUUGACCUAUGACAUUGAAGAGACCAGCAGCGGGGACACAGAUGACAAGUCUGAAGUUGAUGGAUCAGUGAUGUCCAUGGUCUCCGCAACAUCUUCAUCCAGUCGCAUGCUCCCCCCCAAGGAGCGUCUACGAGAGAAAGCCUUUGAGUAUUGCCAGCGGCUCAUUGAACAGAGCGAUCGCAAAGCAGCAAAGAAAGUUGACUCAGAUCUUCAGAAAGCUUGCCUGGUGGAGGCCGUGACGGUGAUGGACAUCAUCUGUAAAGAGGACGCCUCCUUCGUGUACCGGGCCUUUCCCUGCAUCAAGGCGCUGUAUGGACGCAUAAGUGGAGACCUGGCCUUCUCCCGAACUCUGCUGCCCAUUGCGCAGUUCUACCUGAACCACAGUGAGACGGCUGCUGUGGACUCAGAGGGGGUGUUCCGCCAGCUGCUGUUCUCUUUCCCAGCCGACCUGUUCAACGAGUCCAUGCUGGCCUUCGAGUUUACGCAGUUCUGCCGUGCCAACAUGGCUGUGCUUCGGGAGCGUGUAACUCUCUACCGGCAGAGCUUUCCCAACCUGCUCAAGUUCCUGGCCUGGAACAGCCCGGCGCUCGUCUCAGAGUACGUGGAGCUGCUCCCUUCCCUACUGGCUCCUGAGACGGCCAUUGAGCUGCUGCACUCACUGCUAGACCUGCCCUGUUUGGCAGCUGCGCUGGACAUCCAGCUCAGGGCAGCCUUUUACCCGUCCUCAGACAGAGCACUGUGGGACCAGGGUGGCCGGACAACCAGCUCCCUGGAGGCCUUCCGCCAGCCGUACUACAGAGGCAUGUUCCUGUACAUCUUGAGGCUUGAGGCAGGAACUGGAGACACUAUCGACAGGUUGAGCAUGCUUCAUGAGGUAUUGGCCGAUAUGGUGGAGAGCCCUCGCGUGGUGCGCUGUGCGCAGACAGUCCCUGUACUGCUGCAUGUCUUCUUCCACGCUGCUGUCCAGUUCGCAGACAGGAAGCUGAUAAACCAGCUGGUCUUGGUGUUGUUGGAAAGGAGUGGCCUGCUGUUAAGUGUGAAGAACUACAAGAUGGAGGUGCAAAGAGUGUUCAGCUUCCAUCUGCUGCUCCUGUGUAAGCUUCAGCCUUCCCUCAUUAUGGACCUGUCCCGGGAACUGCUCGACUUCACAGGUGCCACUACCAACAUCUACCACAAGGAGGAGCUCUACACACACAUGGUUUGGGCGAUCGGAGAGUACCUGCGGGUUGGCCAUGACUCCCACUGCACAGUGGAGCACAUAACCACCUUCUUCGAGACGCUGGAGGCAGUACUGUUUGAGAUCACACAGGUGCGCCAGUCAGCCAGCCCCCCCCUCUACUCCCCACGGCUCAUCACUGUGCUCAUGACCACGCUGGCUAAGCUGGCCUCUCGGAGCCAGGACCUCAUCCCCAGGGUGUCCCUGUUUCUUUCCAAGAUGCGCUCGUUCACCCACAGUGGGCCAGUGGCAGCGUGCUUCGGUGAGGAGGACUCAGAGGAGAUCCUCACUCGUGCCCAAGAGCUCAUGAACCUUCUCAAGCUGCCCAACGUGGCUCAGUUUGUGUUGGCACCAUCAGCACAGGGCAGCAGCCCACGCUGGCAUCGCGACUCAAACACCUCUCUGCCGCUCUCCAUGCAGGUGCUCAGCGGCCUGCUGCAGAAGCAGACCAACUUCCUGCCUGGUUGACGGCAGUCCAGCACUGUAUCUGUGCUAGGCUGGGCUGCAAGUCAGAGUACAACUAAGGGUCUUUGGCCACUGGGGUAACAAGGGAUAACAGGAAGUAGCAGAGAAGGCAGUAGCCUCUGAUAGCUCUGUCUUUGCCUUGAGGGUGUCUGUGUUGACUCAUGGACCAGUGGAAAAUGUUUGUCAAAGUAUAGUGCAGAGAGUAACAGCCCCUGCUCCUGCAGCUCACUGAAGGGGAACUGAAUGUUAAAUAAAUUGUGGGCUUGAGAAUAUUUCAUUGAAAACUGAAAAAGGGCACAAAUCUCAGUGAUAUGUUAUGUCUUUCAUCAUUCCAGGAUGCUUUACUUUAUAUAUACACAAACACUGCAGA